UUUGAGGAGGUGUCUGUCUCCUUCACCCCAGGAGAGUGGGCCCUGCUGGAUCCGGGCCAGAGGACUCUCUACAGGGAAGUCAUGCGGGAGAACUAUGGAAGCGUCAUCUCUCUGGGGGAGAAACCAUUUGAAUGCACAGAGAGUGUAAGGAGAUUCAGUGAGACAGGGAAUCUUCACAAGCAUCAGAGAACCCACACAGGGGAGAGACCUUUUGAAUGCUCAGAGUGUGGAAAGAGAUUCAGUCGGAGUGACCAUCUUCAGAGUCAUCAGAGAACCCACACAGGGGAGAGGCCUUUUGAAUGCUCAGAGUGUGGAAAGAGAUUCACUGUCAGUAGCGCUCUUCAACAACAUCAGAGAACCCACACCGGGGAGAGACCUUUUGAAUGCUCAGAAUGUGGAAAGAGGUUCAGUGGGAAACAGCAUCUUAAAAGUCAUCAGAGAACCCACACAGGGGAGAGGCCUUUUGAAUGCUCAGAGUGUGGAAAGAGGUUCAGUCAGAGUGGCAAUCUUCAAUACCAUCAGAGAACUCACACAGGGGAGAAACCUUUUGAAUGUUCGUGUGGAAAGAGAUUCAGACAGAGUAGCAGUCUUCAAAGUCAUCAGAGAACCCACACAGGGGAGAGGCCUUUUGAAUGCUCAGAGUGUGGAAAGAGAUUCACUGUCAGUAGCGCUCUUCAAAGUCAUCAGAGAACCCACACCGGGGAGAGACCUUUUGAAUGCUCAGAGUGUGGAAAGAGAUUCACUGUCAGUAGCGCUCUUCAAAGUCAUCAGAGAACCCACACCGGGGAGAGACCUUUUGAAUGCUCGUGUGGAAAGAGAUUCAGACAGAGUAGCAGUCUUCAAAGUCAUCAGAGAACCCACACAGGGGAGAGACCUUUUGAAUGCUCAGAGUGUGGAAAGAGAUUCACUGUCAGUAGCGCUCUUCAAAGUCAUCAGAGAACCCACACCGGGGAGAGACCUUUUGAAUGCUCGUGUGGAAAGAGAUUCAGACAGAGUAGCAGUCUUCAAAGUCAUCAGAGAACCCACACAGGGGAGAGGCCUUUUGAAUGCUCAGAGUGUGGAAAGAGAUUCACUGUCAGUAGCGCUCUUCAAAGUCAUCAGAGAACCCACACCGGGGAGAGACCUUUUGAAUGCUCAGAGUGUGGAAAGAGAUUCACUGUCAGUAGCAAUCUUCAAAGUCAUCAGAGAACCCACAUAGGGGAGAGGCCUUUUGAAUGCUCAGAGUGUGAAAAGAGUUUCAUUGACAGUGGCAGUCUUCAAAAGCAUCAGAGAACCCACACAGGGGAGAAACCUUUUGAAUGCUCCGAGUGUGGAAAGAGAUUCACUGUCAGUAGCCAUCUUCACAGGCAUCAGAGAACCCACAUAGGGGAGAAACCUUUUGAAUGCUCAGAGUGUGGAAAGACGUUCAGUCAGAGUGGCAAUCUUCACAGUCAUCAGAGAACCCACACAGGGGAGAAAUCUUUUGAAUGCUCAGAUUGUGGAAAGAGAUUCAGUCAGAGUGGCCAUCUUCAGAGUCAUCAAUGUUUGACCAGCUACACAAAUCGUAAGUUGCUUCGGCUCCAACUGCCAAAGGAGUGUUCUUCUAACCACCUGUGA